AUGGCAAUACAAAUUUUAGAUGAAAAUCAUUUAGCAAUAAGUGCUAUUGUUACCGUUUCAAUGCAAAUUAUUUUCUUUAUAAUCGCUGCAACAUUUCAAAUGGAUAAAUUAACUGAUUUUGCUGGGGGUGUGAAUUUUAUUAUAUUGGCAUUGUUAACAUUUUUUUUAGGUCAAGUUGGACGGAAAAAUUAUGAAAGUCGACAAUUGAUGGUAACAAUAUUUGUUUGCUUAUGGGGUGCACGAUUAUCGUGUUACUUGCUAUAUAGAAUCGUGAAAAUUGGCAGAGAUAAACGAUUUGAGGAUAAAAAAAGCAAUAUUAUACGAUUUGCUGUAUUUUGGACAUUUCAGGCAAUUUGGGUCUACACAGUAAGUUUACCAGUAAUUGUUAUCAACUCGCCAAAACAUGGUUUUCCAAAUGCACCAAAAACAAUGACGUCAUUAGAUUCAGCAGGAAGUGGUUUAUUUAUAAGUGGUUUACUAGCCGAAACUUAUGCGGAUUUACAAAAAUUCUCCUUUAGACAAGAUCCUGUUAAUCAAGGCAAAUGGUGUAAUGAUGGAUUAUGGCGUUUAUCACGACAUCCAAAUUAUUUUGGUGAAAUAUUACUAUGGUGGGGUAUCUUUAUUAUUUCAUUGAAUGUUAUCAAAGGCUAUGAAUGGGUUGUGAUUGCGUCACCAAUAUUUAUCACAUUAAUUAUUCUGUUCUUAUCCGGAAUACCAAUGUUGGAAAAAUCGUCUGAUGAAAAAUUUAGGGAAUGUGCUGAAUAUCGAAAAUAUAAAAACUCAACAUCCCCCUUGAUACCAAUACCACCAUCAAUUUAUCAAGAAGUUCCAGGUUUCCUGAAAUUUGUCUUGUGCUGCGAAUUUCCAUUAUAUAACUCAUUAAAAGUGAAAAAGACGACUGUAACGACAUCAGUGACAUCUACAUCAAUGAAUACAUCACAUCAUUCGCAUUCUACACAGCAAGGGGGUGGUGUACCAACGUCGAUAAUUGUCCAACGGAGUUCAUCAUCGAUAAACGCACAAACAAAUAAUGUGCAAACAAAUCACCAUCAACAACAGGCUCAACAACAGCAAAUUUUAAUCACAACAAGCCAAUCAUCAACUGCAUAUCAUCAUCCAGAAUCGAGUAGUAAUAUUACAUAGCUAUAACUAUAGCAAUUUAGUAAUAAUUAUACAAAACAGACUUCUAGUGAUAAUAAAAAUGCUAUUAAAUAUAAUACAAAUUCAAUUACUACUGAUUUAUAAAAACUCGUCCAUAUUCGCUACUCGAUUCAUAUAAUUGUCACUUUCUUUUACACUCGAUAAUGUAGAACUCACCCUAAUUUA